CUGACAUCUUCACCCGCAACUCCAACCGCGCUGUACCGAUGAUUAUACAAUACUGAGGAGCAGGGGAUACUUGAACCUACGAACACGAUGGCGCUGGUCAGUUACUCCGACAGCGAAGACUCCGACGUUGGAGAACAGGCGCCUCCAGUCACUGCGCCAUCCAAACCUGCCUUUCAAAAAAUCAUCAAUCCUUUGGAACCACGCAAACUCAAGGUUGAUCUUCCCACCAUCCACCCAGACCCAUCCGAACAAGACGAGGCGCCCCCGACCAAACGAGCCAAGACAGGAGGAACAUUUGGGGGCUUCAACAGCUUUCUCCCUGCGCCGAAAAAGGCAGCAAGCCUCAAUGUACCCAAAGCUGGCGUGAGUUUGAGGACGAGCUCCGAAGCUGCAUUCAGUCGCGCGCCACCCCCAGCGCCCUCGGAUCAAGAAGAGCAGGCAGAAGAAUUCCAUGGCACGCUGGGUGCUGACGCUGGAGAGACGACGGCCCCGAAAGCUGAGGAGCACACCGUUGUAGCCAAGGCGACCAAGUUCAAGCCUCUGAGUGUCGCCAACAAGAAGAAGGCGCCGAACAAGAAGGUGUCCAACGGCAGUGUCACUGCUACUCACGUCACACCGGCUGUUGCUGCGCAAGACGACGUGAUUGCCAACCCAAAGACUACUGAACCGCCCCCCAAACCGAAACGUUCGCUCUUUUCCGUGCCACAGGAGGAAGAACAACCCCAACCCAGCUUCAAUGACACCUACGAACCAAUCACCCAGGAGGCGCACGAGCCGACAGAAACUCUGCCCACUUCACAGCAACCUUUGGCAAAUCCACCGAAUCCAAAUCAUCUACAAGCUCUGACGCCGGACCUGAACUUGACACCGGCGCAAAGACGGCAGCUAUUUGGCCGCAACGGCAAAGGCGGCGACGUUCAGAUUGCGCACUUUAACAUGGAGCAUGAGUACGCGGCCAACGAGCAAUUACGACAGGCUGGUGAGGUUGUGGAGCACCGAGCGGUGAAAGCUAUUGCGCCCGGCAAACACAGCCUACAGCAGUUGGUGAAUAAUGCGCGGAGCCAACAAGACGCGAUGGAAGACAAGUGGUCGCAAGGGAAGGCAGCGCGGGGUGAAGGUGGUGCGAAAUAUGGCUGGAGUCGGUAACAGUCUCGAGCAGCGAAUUUACUGUCCGUGGCCAGCAGGCCAUUCUCCUUCCAAGCCCGUGAUGGGCACAUGCUUGAAGGACGGCCGCAUGCUCUGAAGAUGACACAUUGUUUGGGGAGAGACAC